CGACUAGAAAUUUUAAAAUGCAAUGCAAUGGAAUAUGUGUUGGGAAGUAGCUCUCAUGAUGACAAUUUAUCUCAUCAGAAUCAAAAUAUCAAAACUUGCAUUGAUUUUCCUGCUCUGGAAAAUCUAAGGAUAUAUGAUGUGCCAAAACUUGUUAGCUUGUGUCCUAAAAACUUUUGUUUGAGAGGGUUAUCUCUGGAGGCCAUUCACUUGGAUAUUGAUAGUACUUCUAUGUUUAGCAUCAGAUCUUUAAAUGAUUUUAUGUUUUGUGAUCAUGCAACACAACAAGACUCCACAACCACAAAGGCAACUAAGAUAUGAUUGCAUGCUUUGAAAAGGCUUAAAAUAAAAAAUUUCAAAAUAGAAGAGAUUUUCAACUUGAAAAAUCUGGACGCAAAGAAAAAUGAAAAAAGACUUGAACCAUUAACAUCAAGUUUACAAAAAUUGCUGUUGACAGAUUUAUGGGAGUUGAGGAAUAUAUGUGUGGGCCCCAAAUACAUUCUAAGCCUCAACAAUCUCUCUGUGUUGGUAAUCAGAGGAUGCAAAAAGCUUGAAGUUGUCUUCUCUACCUCUACAUUGAGAAGCCUACCACGGUUACAGUGGGUAUAGAUAUGGGAAUGUGAAGAAUUAGUUGAGAUCAUUGAAGAGGAUAAUGAGGAAAGUGCUGGAGAUCAUUUCCCUCAUCAACCAUGCUUCCCAAAGUUAGAACUGCUGAGUGUUGAGGGCUGUCACAAGUUGAAGUAUUUGUUCUCUAUCACAAGGUCUGGUACCUUUCCUCAACUAGAGGUUUUGCAGAUAGGAGGUGCCUCCUCCCUCGAGCAUGUGCUGAUUAGACCAGAUGCGUCGAAAGAAAUGGCCAAGAAGGAACUGCUUCCAAAGCUAAGAUGUGUAAAACUGGAAAGAAAUCCAAGCCUCAUGUAACAUCUGCCAUGGGAUUGAUUUUCAAACAUUAAAAAAUCGCUCAACAGUGGAUAACUGUCCGAAAUUUUCUUUUCAUGAAACCAUCGCUACUCAGCAUCAAGAUGGCCGAAAGGAUCUUGAUUCCAAUGUUGAGGCAAAAAUAGAGGAGAAGGUUUCUUCACAUCCAAAUACAAAUCAGUCAGGCACGGGAGAUACCAAAGAGAGCCCAAGUUUGAAAAUCCAAAAAUCCCAAAUUGGUUCACCAAACUUCACAAGGAUAAAUUGUAUAUCAGUAAGAGCAGGCCCACAACAAACCACGGGACAAAAAACAUAUCGAAGGAACCUAUUCUUACUGGCGGUAGUACAAUGAGCUCAACUUCAAAAAUUUUUGAAGAAGAAGAAGAAGAACAAGAGGAAGAGGGAGGUGGCUUGAGAACAACUCGAAGAUACCGAAAUCACGAGGCAGUGAGUUCUUCACUGGGAAGAGAGCACGAGACUACCAUUCAUGGAAGUAAUAUCCAAAGUGGUGCUGAAACCACAGACCAACGAACUCAUGCAGCAUCUCAUGGUGACCAAGCAAACUCUAGUAGGGACGUUAGAGGCAAAAGUGUUAAACAUCAUGGCGCAACAAAGCCAGAAAUUGUUGCUGAUGCACAAUCGUCAGUGUCACCAUCUUUUGCUCCUAUAAUGAUGUCACCUACUUUUACUGAGACUAAUCAAUCUUUGAAUGUUGCUGAGGUGCAAGAGAUAGUUGAUAGGAUGAAAUUAGAGGGCUCUGAGACUUCCCUCUUGGCAGAGGCACUCAAGACUCACCCACAACUGUGUUUGUCUUCAUAUGAUCGAAGCACUCAAAUGUUGUGCAUUUCCUAUAGGGUGUUGCUUGAUAUACUCAACAUUCUUACCACCAGGACUCCCUUCACCAUCACUGAGGCAGACGAGAGUGUUGGAAGAUAAAUUAAAGGAUGCAUGUCUUCUAGGCUUUGACAAGGACUGGCUUGAAUCUAUCAAGACUAGGGUUUUUAAUUGUGAUUAUGUAUCCGAAGUUGAUUGCUUCCAUGAAAUUCUAAAGGGUUUGGAUUGUGAUCUCAAGGCCAAUGAGGCAAUGCUGGCGGCUACACGCAAUCAAGAGGUAGAGGCGGCACGAGUGGUCGAAGUGGCUCAAAAGGACUUGGAUGCCGCACUGCAAGUGCAUGCACGCGUUAUGGCAAAUCACACUCAUCUUCUGAAAGCACGCCAAGAUAUUCUAGCAAGGCAAAAUCAAUGCUGGGAAACAAUUGCUGCUAAAAAUAGACAUUUUGGGUUUUAGCUAGGAUUUCAUUUUUGUGCUUUAUAUUUUUUUUUUUUCAUGUUGGAGUGAAUGUAAAUGAAUGCGUUUUGAUGGUACUUGAAUAAGUUGGGAAAAUUAGGUUUUGGAUGAUUCCUCAGACUGAAUAAAUCCUGGUGUACUGAUUU